AUGAUGGACAACUCCUCGACCCUGCACUUGGCUCUCCCCGCCGUGCACACUGCUGCCAGCGCCACCGCCCCCCCUAGCUUGGCCCAGCCCAGAGCUUUCUCCACCAGCGUCAACCCCCUGGUGUUCUUCAGCAUUCUCGAUCACUACUUGCGCCGCAACGCUGGUCAGGAUAGAGUCAUCGGUACCCUCUUGGGUGUUCGCAGCGAGGAUGGCUCCGAGGUCGAAAUCAAGGGAUGCUACCCCGUCCCCCAUCUUGAGACCGAGGACCAGGUUGAGGUUGAUAUGGAGUACCACCGCACCAUGUUCGAGCUCCACAAGCAGGUCAACCCCAAGGAGGUCAUUGUUGGAUGGUACGCCACUGGUGCCGCUCUCAACUCGUACUCUGCCUUGAUUCACGAUUUCUACCAGAAGGAGGUUUCUUCAUUCCACGCCGUCCACUUGACCAUGGACACUGCCUUGACCAACGAGCGCUUGGGCGUCAAGACCUACAUCUCUGCCCCUGUCGGUAUCACAUCCAAGGCUGACAACUGCAUGUUCAUUCCCAUCCCCUGCGAUGUCAAGUACUUUAAGGCCGAGAGAGCUGGACUCGAACUCCUUGCCAACGCUAAGAGUACCGAGAGUGGAUCGACCACAUUGUUGUCGGACAUGGAUAACUUGGAGCAGGCUGUGAUUGAGGUGCAGAAGAUGUUGGAGCGUGUCUCGGAAUAUGUCGACUCUGUCCUUGCAGGAACCAUCCCCGCCAACAACACUGUCGGUCGCUACUUGAUGGACACCGUCAGCGUUGUCCCCAAGGUCGAUGCUGCCGAGUUCGAGAAGAUGUUCAACUCUCACCUUCAGGAUCUUUUGAUGGUCAUCUACUUGGCCAACAUGACGAGAACCCAGCUGGCUGUUGCAAAGAGACUGGAGAAGUUGAUGUAA